AUGGAAGCAAAUAAUAAUAAAAUGGAAGCACCUUUAAGGAAAAAGGUGUGUAAUAUGUGUAAUACAACAACUACAUAUAAAAAUUGGUCUAGGCAUUUAAGAACAAUAAAACACCAGAAAAACGACCCGGACUCAACUAUUGAGCCUAGGUUCCAUGAAAAAACUAAAGAGAAAAUAAGAAAUAGAGUCUCUAAACCUAGGAAAGAGAGAACACAAAAACCACACAGAGUUUUUAGUGGAUUUCAAAGUAGUUUAUUUGAAAGAAAAAAACCUAAUAUAAAAAUAGAAGAUAAUACCCAUAAAAAAUCUGCUUUUAACAGGAAAGUUCUGUUAUUUGUUGUGAAUAAACGGGAGUUUAAAGAUAUAAACCAAUUCCUGAACUAUUCAAGAGGUAUUGCAGAGAAGAAAAUUUUAGGAUACUUAAAAGAGAUUGGUAAUUUAAAAAUAAACAUUUCUGUGGUUUGUCGUUAUAUAAAGAGAAAACCUUCACACGAGAAUUUUACUACACAUUUUACCACAGAAAACAAAUGUUUCUACACCACUACUAAUUUUAACGAGUUUUAUAGUAACAUAAAAACAACAGUCCAAAAACGAAAAGACGUAUUUAUAGCUAAAGGUAGCAGUUGGAUUUUUAAAAGUGUUUUAAGUAUGGAGAUAAAUAUGUAUAAAAAUAAUUCUCUCAGAGGGGGAUCUUAUAUUGAACUUCCAAAAUGGAUAUCCCUAAAAAAGGCUAUUGUUAAUUAAGAAUGAAGAUAAAAAAUGUUUUCUCUGGUCUAUUCUCGCGGGUUUACAAGUAACAAUACAUGCAGAGAGAAUUAAUAUCUACAAAGAAUGGGAAAACAAAUUCGACGAGACGUUUAUAAAAUUAAUCCUGUUAAAUUAAAGGAUAUUCCAAAAUUCGAAGGAGAAACAAAUAUAUCCAUAAACGCUUUUACUCAUGACAACGGAAAUAUUGUACCUCUACAAUUGUGCAAAGUUGAGAGAGAAACAUAUAUAGAUUUAUUUUAUCUUAGCGAAGAAAAUAAGGAAUAUUAUUGUUUAAUUAAAAAUUUCUCAAGGUUAGUUAGUACUCAAAAAACAAGACAUGGUCACGGAAAUUAUUACUGUAAAAUGUGUUUAUCCUACUUUGGCAAUGAAGAAAAACUAACAGAACAUAAAGAGUAUUGUAGUACGCAAAAGCUAUAUUACCCGAACACCCUAAUAAUAUUCUCCAAUUCACGAAUUAUAACAAAUCUUAUAAAGUCCCAUUUGUUAUAUACGCAGAUUUCGAGAGCAUUUUACCCAAACUCGACACGUCUAAACCUUGUGGCGAAAAUUCUUAUACACUUAAAUACCAAAACAUUUACCCUUUAGUUUUUGUUACAAUGUUACAAGACCAAAUAGUAUUAGAAAUAAUAUAGUAACUUAUUCGGGUAAAAACGCAGUGAGAGUUUUUUAUGAGAAAUUAAAGAAAGAAGCUCUUUAUAUAGCGAAGAAUUAUUUUGACAUAAAUAAACCUAUGGUAAUAACAAAAGAACAAGAAGCCGAGUUUGAGAGAACAAAUACUUGUUUUAUUUGUGAGAGGUCUUUUAACGAAUCCCCCCCUACAUACGAGAGAGAAGAGAGAGAUAUGAACAUUAAUAAGACAAAAGUUAGAGACCACGACCAUUUAACAGGAAAAUAUCGAGGGGCUGCUCAUUCUAUAUGUAACCUAAAAUACAAAGUUCCAAGAUUUAUUCCCGUAUUUUUCCAUAAUUUAUCUGGUUACGACGCACAUUUGUUCAUAAAAGAAUUUGGUAUAAAUACAGGGGAUAUUAAGGUUAUUUCGAAUAGUGAGGAAAAUUAUAUUACGUUUUCUAAAGUUUUAAGAUAUGAGAAACUAGACCCGGUAACUAAUAAAACUGUGUUUGAGAAAAUAGAGCUAAGGUUUCUUGACUCGUUUAAGUUCUUAUCUAGUUCUUUGGAUAAACUAGCUAGUACCUUGGAAAAAGAACAGUGUAAACAUUUGUCCAGGUUUAUUGAGAAUAAGGAACAAUCUGACUUAGUGAAGAGAAAAUUAGCUUACUCUUAUGAGUAUAUGGAUUCUCCAAAGAAAUAUAAUGAGACUUCCCUACCUCCCAUGGAGAAAUUUUUCAGUUCUCUAACUGGGAAACAUAUAACAUUUGACUCAUACGAGAAUGCACAGAAAAUAUGGGCUUCGUUUAAAAUUAAGAAUUUGAGAGAAUUUACGAUCUUGUACAAUACUUUAGACGUAUUAUUGCUCUCAGAUAUAAUGGAGAAUUAUAGAGAAGUUUCACUAGGAGAUUUUAAACUGGACCCCGCUCACUACUUUACAACUCCGGGUUUUGCGUGGGGAGCUAUGUUAAAAAAAACAAGUAUUAAAUUAGAACUUAUAACGGAUAUAGAUAUGCAUUUACUUUUUGAACAGGGAAUAAGAGGGGGUUUAUCCCAGUGUAGUACCAGACAUUCAAAAGCAAAUAAUAAGUAUAUUACAGGAAAAUGUGAACAACCAGGAAAAUAUUUAUUAGACUUGGACGCGAAUAAUCUCUAUGGGUGGGCAAUGUGCAAAUAUUUACCGUAUAAAGAACUUAAGUGA